AUGGUUUUCGAAGACGAAAGCAGUGAGGACACGUCCAGCCUGCCGUACAUGCACUCGACCUCAUCCACGGACGGGCUUAACCAGGUCCCUUUCAGCAUUGAAGAUCCAGAUUACCAGGGGCUUGAGCUGGAUAUGAUGUCCCCAUGUGAGAAGCACGGCAAGGCAUUUGAGAGGCUUGUCGCAUUUGAAGGAAUAGACACAGGAAGAAGGUUCUUAGCAUGUACAGAGCCGGAAGGGGAGAAUUGUGGGUUUGUUGAAUGGGUUGAUCACCAGUGGCCCCCAACAAUGCAUAAUGCAUUGUUGAAGCUGUGGGCAAUGGUUGAAGAUAGCAAGAAAGAGAAGAACAAGCUGGAGGCCAACUAUGACAAGUUAGUCCAAGAUGUGCAUGAGCUUAUGAGCAUCCAGGAGGAGAGGGUGGUGGAUUUCAGAUAUCUGCAGUCCAACAUUACAUAUCAGCAGCAAUGCAGAAGUGAACUGGUGGCUGAUAUGAAGGCAUAG